UGUUUAAAUCAGUGCCACACGCUACAAGACGUAAUUAGCCUUAUAAAUAUUAAAACUUCGGUUUUCUUGGCAGAAAUUUACUAAUGUGACUCCUCCGGAAGUAAGGUAUCAGUACUACGUAGCUGUAAGACGUCUAAAUGUAGGAGGUUUGCGUUUGUUUUGGUGUCUAAGUCCAGAGUAAGUGAUGGGCACGAUGAGCAACUUUUGAAACUGGCACUGACUGUUAGCUAGCUUCACGUUACAGUUACCAACCGUCCUCUGCGACGUUACUCCGUUAGUCGGUAAGUUCAGCAGUUAACAAAGGCUUGAAAGUGUUUGGGGAAACCUCAGUGACCUGUUAACUGUCGGAGGUGGUUUGUUGUGGUGUGUGUGCCAUGGUGACACGGGGGUGGGUCCUGUCUUGAAGUUUUGCGGUUUUCAAGGCAACCGACCCCCGCUGCUGCUGCUGCUGCUGUGAAGCCUGCAGGAGAAAUCGCUGCAGUGUUUUGCAAAUCUUUCCCCCCGAAUCGACGAAAUACAUGCACCCAUGAUAAUAUGAGUUGCUGCAUCCAAAGAGAUUUCCUCUUCCUUAUCACUGACGACCCACCCAUCACUUUUCCUUAGCUGCGCCUCUGUGGAUUGUUACCAGCCUACUGACAUGACCUGCAAUCAGUGACCUUCUGUAGCCAUGGCUUUUAAAGUGGACCUUGCGGUAGAGCCAGAUCAACAAGAAAAGAUGCAGAAGGUUCUUGUGCCUGGUUGAGACAGUAACUGAAGUCAGAGCUGAGACCUGAAGGAGGCACCAAUUGGCUGAUAGGUGAAUGGAGAUGAGAAAGAACACCACAGCAGGGGUUCUUUUCUGGACCCCUGCCCCAGUCCGCACCUCACGUACGAGCUCAGUAGUAUCUGAGGACGCGUGGGAGGAUGAGGAUGAAGACCAGGCAGAGAAGAAAGAUGAUUUUGUUAGCCAGAUGGAUGAGAAUGGCAUCAUUGGACUGUCGGAAGUACUGAAGGAUGUGGAAUUAGGGGAAUCUUGUAAUCCUAACUUGUACCCUGGACCCCUCACCACAGAGGAGGCAGAAUCAAGUGGACAUGAGAGGGAUACACCUGAGGAGCUGAGUUACAACCUGGGUCAACGUCUGUCCCAUGCCGAAUCACCUAGAGAGGAUGUACAGUCACCAUUUGAGGACUUAUUGGAGAGCUUCAAAGCAUGGACAGUGAAUAAGGAGGUGAGGCAGAGGAAAGAGGAGCAGGGGACAGAGUGUGUCUCUGAGUGGGACAAAUGCUCGGUCAUGCCAGAGGAGGAGAAAGAUGGAGAGGAAGCAGGGAAUAUGAGUGACAGGAAGAGAAAGAAAAAUAAUCACACUAGCACACCAAGAAAGCUUGAAACAACGAAUGACUUGACUGAGAGCAACAUUUCCAAAGGAGAGAUCAAGAAAAUCAGCCCUACUCAGUCUUCUAGUGUUCAUCUCUUAGCCAUGGAACCUGCUGGAGUCUCCAGGCAUCACUGCCCAAUAUCCCAACCUGCCUCACCUGUCACAGCUCCCACUUUCCCCCACCUUCUCCACUUCACUCCUGAGGAAAUAGCCACAGCUCCGGGGAUUGACGCUGAAACCUUGCCAGAGAUAAGCCUCACAGAAAGUCCCCCGGCAUCACACAGGAGCCACAUACCGGUAAGCGUCAAGUCCAGAUAUCAUUAUCCCGAGGUACAGCUCAGGGCUUCUCCUCAACCAGCAGCCAUAUUUCCUGAAGAAGUCAUGUCCAGUCAUUACAGCGCUGUAAGUGAUGGGCCUUUAAAGGGAUCGGAGAAGUCUGAUAAGCCUCAUAAAAAGCCUACUCCCUCACCAAGGAAGAUGAGGCAGCCCUCUCCUGAAGCUGCAUGUUCAAGGACUUGCUCCCUCAGCACAGUCAGGGCAGACGUUUUAAAAUUCAAACAUCAGACCACAAGUCCUGACAGAGAGUCAAGGACACUGAGAGCUAGGAGUGAUGCUGCUGAAGUCGAUGAAUCCAGAAAAGGGCCUCUGAGUUACCCCACACCAGACUUCUCCAAGGUGGAGCCCAGGGUCCGUUUCCCUAAAGGUGGCUACAAGCCCCCUAAGAGCAGACGCUCAUCAAACAGGGAGUCCCUGUCACCUGAGCCCCCCUUCGUGUUUAAAUCCCCUGCUGACAUUGUGAAAGAAGUCCUGCUGAACACCACAGAUGGAUCUCCUGCUUCAUCAGACUCGGACAAAACACCAAUCAGUGCCGUCAACGCCACUGUGCCUCAGGAGUUCAGAUGCCGCCAGCAGGCCACCGUACUGCUCGAACAACUAGAGGAGAACUACUACAGGCUGCUGACUGAGUACGCCGAGGCAAAGAACACCAUUGAUCGCCUGCGUCUGGAAGCCAAGGUGAACUUGUACUCUGACCCUCCAAAGCCUGGCCACUUGGUGCAGUCAGGACUGAACCAGGACACCUCAAAGCUCAUGAUGCUGAAUUUUCCUCAGGCUCAGAGAGCAGAGAUCAACUUGGCCUCUCCUCAUCCAAACGGACACAGCACUCAUCAGGGAAGUUCACCUGCCUGUUCCACAAGAAGCCCAGACCCUCAGGUGGGACAGAAACUGGUCAAGAUCCUCUACAACCAGGCUGGCAAGUUCCUCCAGCAGCUGCAGACGACUGAGGAUCUCCUAAAGAGCAAAAAACUAAAACCUGUUGACCUGAUAAAGGAUCUCUCGCUGCUGUCUGAGGGGCUCGACUCUUUAGAAAGGGGCUUCCUGUUAGCAAGAGAUGAGCACAAACUCCUGCAGCACCAACAUGCAGCAAUCAGCCACUUUGACCCUGAGCGGGAGCUGGAGGGGCUGAUCUUUCAGUGUGGGCUGCGUAUGGAUGAGCUGAAGGAGCAGGUGGAACAGAUGCAACAAGAGCAGCCCACCUGCGAGGCUCCUCCCUCUCCUUCUCCUCACCCCACCUCUUCAUCUGUCCCCUCUGAGGGGGGAGAAACUCUGACUCGCCCACAGAGCCCACCUGUGCCUUUGUUGGUUGAUCCAGGAGAGGCUGCGGCAGUGGAGGUGAGCUCAGCCAGUGAAGAGAGUGAUGAAGAGGAGGAAACUUUGAAUUCUCUCUACCUCAAACCUCUGAGUGACAAACGCAGCCAUGUUGAGCAAGACUUUGCUGCACUAAUGGAUCACUACCAAAGCUUCAAGGAACUUCCCAAACUUUUAGACCAUAACCAGAAGGAAGGAGCUCUUUCUGCUGCCUUAAGAGACAUGCGGCCUGGGGACGAGGAGAAAGAGAGGCAUGGCAAAGAAACUGGAAACCUGAAAGUCCAGAAAAUUCUUCCACACAGCAAAGACAAAUCAUACCAUCAGGAUUCUCCUCAUGCUCACACCAGCAAACAGCACACCAACAGGUCCGGUCCUCCUUCACACAGGGCAUCCAGCCCGUCCACCACACUCCCUCUUCAUCGUCCCAGUAGCAGAAAGAGGUUAGAGGUGGGAAAGUCCCACAGCAGCAGUCUGAGCAGUCUGGGAGAGAUCACUGCACUGGACAGGAGGAACUCUAAACUCCAAACUGGGAGCAGCAGAGUGCUUUCUCAGGAUGGGAUCAUCUCUCCAGAGACGGACAGUGGGUUUGUCUGCUCAGAGAGCAGCCGUCUGACUCCUGCAGCAGCUCCCAGUCCUCUCCACCAGAGGGCCUCAGAGAGUGUUUCAGUGCCUCACAAGGGGAACCCAGGGAAUCCUCAGACAGGCGCAGUCUCAGAACCAUCUCCUGCUUCCUCACCAUCACAGCGUCGCACGGCUAUGGAGCCCAGAAGGGGCCCACGGCUAAGCCACGACCAGCCAAAGAGAACCAGACAGGGGCAGAGGAGACGCACCUUCUCCUGCUCUCCACAGCGCUGGGCCAGGCAGACAGAAAAAACUGCCGCUGACAGUGGGACCAGUGAGUUUGGGCUGGAGAGUGACAGCUCUCACACUGUGUCUGAGGAGGGACGGAACGACCAGUACACCCUCCACAGCUCCAGCCCAAGCUCCUCCCCUGCACGGUAUCACCAUGGCGAUUCUCCCAAAGCUCUGAGCUCUAGUCAUUCAGCGAAUCGCGAUGAUGCAAUCCAGACGCUGCAGGCCGAGGUGACCAGACUGAGGGAGAGCUUAGAAAGCUGUCUGAGAAAUAGGAAGCCUUUGAGCUCUGUGAGAGCAGCUCCCUCAGCUCAGGAGAACCACACUCACCACAACACCUUUACACCUCACAUCAGGCUUGGGGAGCGAUGGCCUAAUGUCAGCAGGGAUAGAAGAGACAGACAGACGGUUGAUGAGGUAGAGGAGGCCAUGCCGAGACGAACAACCAGGAAGAGAUCAUCUUCUGAACACAGACAGAAACCUCAACCUGAUAUCUUGACAGGUUCAGAGCCCUCUGCACCCCAGCCUAAGCCUCUGAUGUCCAGGUCUACCCAAACAUCCACUGCAGCACCAGACAGCUGCCGUUUACGCACAAAUAAGGGCCACAGCAGAACCCACCCCAGGCAGCAUACAGUAGAAGUGUCUGAAACAGCAGAUGAACCUGACAGCAGAGGGCGUCGAGCUCCUCUUUGUGCUCAGUGUUUGUCACGUCGCCAAGGGCAAUCCGAGAUGCCAACUGGUGGCGACAGAGAGCCGAGUCACUCCUCUUGCUGUCUUCACUGUCCCCUCUGUGGACGCUCUGAAUCUUGUAGAAGCACUGAGCCAGACUGUCGCAGAGUCUCGGACCCUCCUGUACACACAAGCUGUCAAUCAGGCGAGUCCCUGGACAGAGCUGCGAGGACCAGAUACUUUGCAGCUGCAGCUCCUCCUGCACUACUACAAUGCAUGCCAGUGUGCCCACCACCACUUCUGUUGUUCUCACCACCGCUCUACGUUUCUCCUGGCUACAGCACUGGCACAUCCCCAGGGGUCAGAGGUCGCGGGGAGGUGAGGGGGAGGACAAGACACUCCCUGUCUGCCGACAAGCAGCGCUCAGCGGACAACUCCAUGGACUCCUCUCUUAACAGAGCCAUCAGAGCAGCUCGGCACAUGAAACACACCUCCGGACAUAUGGCUCGCUCCCUGGCUGCUGGAUUGCACUACCAGCAGCUCCUGACUCAGACCUGAAUUCACCUCACAGGCAGCUGAGACUGAGCAGCAUUAACCUGACACUGAGGCCGUAAACAUCACCAGGAGCUGAAGGGAGCGAGAACACAUUCAAGAAUAAAAAAUCUUAAAGCCUUUUCUUCGUAACUUUUGUUUGGAUCCUGUGUUUGAAAAAGAAGCUGUUACUGAAGCUUUGUUUACACCAUUGGUUUUAAAGGUACUUUAAAACAUUUGUUCUGGACAUUUGAGUCUCAGGUGGAUGAACAUGAAUUUCUCUAACAGUCAAAAUAAUAAUCUCAAACGAUGUGCUGGCAUACAUUGAAAUAAUCUUUGUAAAAUGAUGUAGUACUGUAGAUCAGUUUGAUAAAAAUGUUCUUGAUCAUGUUGAUUUUUUUAGAACAAGUUCAUCAUCAGAAAUGAGAAGUUACAACUGUCUUGAAACGGUAACAAGUUUAUUUGAGCUAUUUAUUGAACAUGUGACUUUGCUUAUUGUUUGUUUUCAGAUUUUUCCUUGUUUGACAACACAAAAAUAAGUUUAGCAUUUCAGUGUUAUUUUAGUUGCCAUAUACUGGUAAGCAUUUUGUUUUCUUGUGCGCUACAAAUGAAAUGCACUCGCUCAUUGCACCUGUCGUGACGAAGUUAGUUUUGGAUGAUGAAUCUAUUUUGUAAAUGGUCAGUGGCUCAUCGUCGUGUGAACCUGAGAUGCUGGAUAUCCUCAAAAUUAGUCUGCUUCUGUUUUUUAACUUAUUGCGUACGUUUGUAUGUUUUUUAGAACUAAAUUUUGUACAGUAUUUUAUCAUAAACUUGCAAGCGUAGCAGUGUGAGCUUUAUGUGCAUCAAAUAUUCACACACCAGCAAAGCUGUUUGGAUCUAUAUACAGGAGGGAAUGCCAACACAAACAGAGGAAUAACAAUAUUUUUACAGAUUAUUUUAAGAAUCGUAUUUGGUUGAAAUAUACCGUAGAACUGUGGAUGCUCAAGUGAAUUUUGCUUUUGUUUUUUUGGUCCAUUUAAUCUUUUUUGCACCAUCUAUUUUGUAAAUUGUAGAUCUUUUUUUACAUUUUGCAGGGAGUCUUUUCAUUGUCCCUAAGGAGCCAAAUAAAAGGUGAAAAUUAACAUUUGGUGUCUGAAUACUUUGCAAUUUAAAAUCUAAAGUUGUAUUGAAACAGGAGUCUUUACUGUAAUGGAAGCCAAUUUAUUAGACAGCCUUAGUACAUAUUAGGUACACAUGGAAGUACUGUUUGUGCUUCAACACUCGCAAACAUACAAUCCCAAUAAGUUAAACAGUUUUAGGACAGACUAAUGCAUCACUAUUAUUUUUUCUCUGAUAAAUAAUUCUGAUAUAAAUCAAGUCAUCUGACAGAGUAAACCCUAUACAACAGCAAAUAAUAAUAGAAAAAAAAUGGACACAAAGUCAAGCAUUUGCAUCACAGAAAAUGCAUUAUAGUGCAAUAUACAACUUGUUUGGCCAGGAAAGAGGGCAGGGAGGGAGGAAAUAAAAGUGAAAAGGGUGGAUUUAAGUUGUUGUUUUUUUGUCUUUUGCAAAGCCAUUCACCAUUGGAGGGUUUUUACAUUGCACCAGAGGAGGAAACAGACGCAAAAAAUAGAGAUAUUAGUUCUUUUUCCGAGUUGACCACUAACAGCUACAGCUAAAACAUCACAAACACGGCGGCUUCACAUUGACGUUUUUUUUUUUUUUUU